AUGGAUCCAUCUGACACGCAGAGCAUAAAAAUAGCUGUCGUUGGUGGUGGCCUGGUGGGAUCCUUAAAUGCCUGCUUCCUGGCACAGCGGAAUUUCCAAGUGGAUGUAUACGAAGCUAGGGAAGAUAUGCGAGUGGCUAAAUAUGCACGCGGGAGAAGCAUUAACUUGGCCCUUUCUCACAGAGGACGACAAGCCUUGAAAGCCGUUGGCCUUGAAGACCAGAUUGUAUCUCAAGGUGUUCCCAUGAGAGCAAGAAUGAUUCACUCCCUUUCAGGAAGAAAGUCUGCAAUUCCCUAUGGGACAAAGUCACAGUAUAUUCUUUCUAUAAGCAGAGAACAUCUAAACAAGGAUCUAUUAACUGCUGUUGAGAAAUAUCCCAACGCAAAGAUGUACUUUGGCCACAAGCUAUUGAAAUGUAACCCCGAGGAAGGAACGCUCACGGUGCUUGGAUCUGACAAAGUUCCCAAAGAUGUCACUUAUGACCUCAUUGUAGGCUGUGAUGGAGCCUAUUCAACUGUCAGAGCUCACCUCAUGAGGAAGCCCCGCUUUGAUUACAGCCAGCAAUUCAUUCCUCAUGGGUACAUGGAGCUGACCAUUCCACCUAAAGAUGGGGAUUUUGCCAUGGAACCUAAUUAUCUGCACAUUUGGCCGAGAAAUACCUUCAUGAUGAUUGCACUUCCUAACAAGAACAAAACUUUCACGUGUACUUUGUUCAUGCCCUUUGAAGAGUUUGAAAAGCUUCUCACGGGCAGCGACGUGCUGGAUUUCUUCCACAAGUACUUUCCGGACGCCGUUCCCCUCAUGGGAGAGCAGGCCCUGUCACGGGAUUUCUUCCUGCUCCCGGCACAGCCCAUGAUCUCUGUGAAAUGCUCCCCUUUCCACUUCAAGUCACGCUGUGUGCUGAUGGGAGACGCAGCCCACGCCAUUGUCCCCUUCUUUGGGCAAGGAAUGAACGCGGGCUUUGAAGACUGCCUGGUGUUUGAUGAGAUAAUGGAUAAAUUCAAUAAUGACCUUAGUUUAUGUCUUCCUGAAUUCUCAAGGGUUAGGAUUCCAGAUGACCAUGCGGUUUCAGACCUAUCCAUGUACAACUACAUAGAGAUGCGCGCAUAUGUCAACUCCAGAUGGUUCAUCUUCCAGAAGAACUUAGAGAGAUUUCUUCACGCUCUCAUGCCGUCUACCUUUAUUCCUCUCUAUUCCAUGGUCACGUUUUCUAGAAUAAGGUACCACGAGGCGGUGCUGCGCUGGCGUUGGCAAAAAAAGGUGAUGAAGAAAGGAUCCCUUUUCUUUGGAACACUGAUAGCCAUUGGCAGUACCUACUUACUUCUGUGCUCCAUGUCACCGAGACACCUGGACUACUUGAGGAGACCAUGGGACUGGGUCACUAACCUCAAGAAUACAGGACAUGUUUCGCUGCAAACUCCAUGGAAUUACUAG